AUGAAAGCACUGGCACAUAUCAUGCUAUCGCUCACACCCCUUUUCGCUGGCUUGGCCGCUGCUAUUGGCGUUCGUGGCACCGCUGGCGUCAAGAACCUCGUGGUCUUUGGCGACAGUUACACCGAUGAAGGCAGGCUGUCUUAUUUUACAAGCCAUAAUGGCACUGCUCCUCCGGCGGGCACUGUGAUCCCAACCUCCAACUUCACUGCCACGGGGGGAUAUGCCUGGCCCCAUUUUGCAUCACAGAAACUGGGCGCGACGACGCACAACUACGCUGUCAGCGGAGCGGUCUGCUCUAAUGAGAUAGUAUCGCGGUUCCUAUCUUCGAUCAACGGCCCAUUCCCAUCUGUUAUCGACUACGAGGUUCCUGCUUUCAAGGCAGACGUCGAACUCAUGGGCAAACCCCCACAGAAUUCUGUGUAUGCCCUCUGGAUAGGAACCAAUGACCUGGGCCAAGCUGCGUUCAUCACGGAUUCUCAGACGCCAGGCGCAACGAUCUCCGACUACAUCGACUGCAUAUGGUCAGUCUUCGACGGCAUUUACAGUGCCGGGGGCAGGGAUUUCGUGCUCUUCAACCUAGCGCCUUUGGACAAGUCACCGCUCUACAAUUCCCCUGAGAACGGCGGCGUCGGGGAUGGCAAGUACUGGGCUAACAAGACAGCCUACAACACGACGGAGCUUGAGCAGAAGAUGCUGGAGUAUACGACCACUGUGAACACCGUAUUCGAUUAUGGAGUUCCGUUUCAGCUUUUGGUGAAGAAACGGUGGCCCGGGGCUUCGUUCAGCAUCUUUGAUGUCCAUCAACUGCUCUCGGAUAUCAUCGACGAACCCUCCAAGUACCUGAACGCCCUGGCAAAUGUCACAGGGUACUACUAUCAGUGUCCAUGGCCUCUUCCGGACUACUCGCUAUGCAAGAACUCGGAAGAUCCCCUCUCGAGCUUUCUAUGGUACGACGAGCUGCACCCGUCGGAGAAAACUGAUCAAAUCAUUGCGGCCGAGUUUGUGAACUUGCUGCAUGGCAAUUCCACCUACGGAACUCAUUACCGCUGA